AUGGAGCCACUUGGAAAUGACGUAACUUCCACUUUCAACGCACUCACACUUGAGGAAACAACUGGACCAGAGAACGAGCCCGAACGAAACCAGGGUGGCGAUGAAGUCAAAGCAGCCCCUGUAGCACUCAAACCAGUCUUUCCUACUGAGCUGGAAGUUGAAAUCAUCUCACGUAUUCCUUUAAAGUAUUGGGGUACUGUGCGAAGGGUUUGCAAACGAUGGCACGCCAUCACCCUUCUUCCAGAUUUCCUCUACUUACCAAUUACAACGCUCCCCCUAAGGGUUCCCGAACUUCAUCCUGACUUUAAGCCCUUUAAUUUCAAGAUACACAGGGCCAUUUAUGAAGUUGCGGACUACUUGGGUGAACAGAUCGCCCUCUCUGGGUUCAGAAAGCCAGACCCUCGCGUUUGCCAACGACUCUUACCAUACCUUGAUCAUCAACUAACAAAACCACCUCUGCCACAUACUCUACAAGACGUGCAAUUCAACAUUCUAAUGCCUCCAAGAGAAGAGCGUACUGUCAGACCAAAACAUGCCUUCAAAGUGAUGCCUGUUCCCUGCGGAACUUUCAGGAAGCUCAUCGUGGUACCUCAUCCCACAAACCCGAAGGUCGUCGAGUUUAAGAGCUUGAACCGCGAUCAAAAACCAACCGGGAUUACUGUUGGGGAGUUUUUUGAUACUGUGGCAGAGAGAUCAAGGGUCAGACCAGGAGAUACGUAUGAGAAGAUGAUUUUGAACUGGCGAGUUAGGAAUCCCGAAAAGGAUUGGUGGUGGAAGGAAUGGGGCAUCCCUCGUGGCUUUUACAAAAUGGAUAUAGUUGUUUGGAACGAGGGAGUUGAGCAACAGGAUGUUUCGGUUACAUUUUGGUAG